AUGAUGGGGAAGGAUUACAUGUUGGCCAUUAUCAUCGUGAACUAUGACGACAACAUCUGGACCGACCAGAACCUGCAGCUGGACCCGGACCUCCCCCCCGACUGGAGAACCAUCAGAGACUCCACGGGAACCUACUACUGGCACGUUCCCUCCGGCGCCACCCAGUGGCAACACCCCAGCAUCACUGGAAAGCCCCCGACCCCUGACCUACAGUCUUUCAGGUCGUCAUGGCGACAUGAAGACUAUCUGACCAACCACGAGCCUGAUUCCAAGUGUUUUGCAGUGCGUUCUCUGGGCUGGCUGCAGGUGGAGGAGGAGGACCUGUCUCCAGGUCGCAGCAGUCUCGCUGUCAGUAAUGUCAUCCAGCAGCUGUCUCACUGCACUCCCGCUCCCGAGCAGAGCGACCGGCAGGGAGCCUGGGGGGAGGGGCGGGAGAUGAUGCUGGUUCUGAAGAAAGACACUCUGACGCUGUUGGACCCUUUGGACCACACCCCCCUCCAUUGUCAGCCAAUCAUUAACAUCCGUGUGUGGGGGGUGGGCUGCAACAACGGCAGGGACAGGGACUUUGCCUUCGUGGCCGGAGACAAGGACACGUGUGUCCUCAAGUGUCACGUCUUCCGCUGCGACGCUCCGGCCAAGGCCAUCGCCACCGCUCUGCACCAGCUGUGCUCCAAGAUGAUGUCAGAGAAGACGCUGAUGAGGACGUCUCGCUCUCUGACCACGGACAGUAUCUCACCUGAAGAUCUGCCCAGACAAGUUGAGUUUCUAGAGGCCGUGCAGCAGCAGGUCCAGAAGUUUGAUGUCCAGUACAUCGGAAACCUGCCGGUGUCCAGAGCCAUGGGUAUGGAGGUGUUGAACCGGGCGAUCGAGAGCAUCUUGAACUCCUCCCACAGAGACGAGUGGGAACCGACGGUGAUCCACGUCACUGACAACGUCCUGUCGCUGUGGAGGGGCGAGGAGGGGGAGGAGCCAUUCUGGGAGUGUCAAGUUCGCUUCCUCACUUUUCUGGGCGUCGGCCAUGACAGCCACACCUUCGCUGUGAUCGCUGACGGCGGCACGCAGCGGUUCGAGUGUCACGUGUUCUGGUGCGAGCCGGAUGCUGGGGUCGUCUCUGAGGCCGUGCAGGCCGCGUGUAUGGUCCAGUAUCAGAAGUGUCUGGUGGCUCAGACUCCUCCUCCGAGGUCUAAGUCGUGGCGUGCGAACCCAUCAAAGGUCAAACGGGCGAACUCCAUGGACGGCGCCGCCUUCCCUCCUCUCGCGUCCCGAUACCACAGCAGCAGCAGCUCCACCAUGAUGACGGCGAGGAUACCGAAGGGCAGCGGCGGCGUGAGGAAGGGGAUGAUAGCGUUUUUCGAAACCUUUCGACACCGACAGACCGCCACGUUCUAA